CUGGCUGCUUCCUCGCUGCGCUCCCGCCCUGGCAGUCCCGGGCGAAGAACAGCCACUGACUGAGCCCGCUCAAUUGUACGCGCCGCGGGCGGGCAGCGCGGAGCAGCGCCGCCAGCAGCGCAGGUCCUAAUCAGAGGCAUGCGGCUGCCCCGCUUCUCCAGCACUUUUGUGCUUUCAGUCUUAAUAACACAGACCUGCAUCCUGGUCUUCCUGGUCUCCCGGCAAAUGCCCUCAUCCCCAGCCGGCAGUAGGGGGCAUGUGCAUGUGCUCGUGCUGUCCUCGUGGCGCUCGGGGUCGUCUUUCGUGGGCCAGCUCUUCAGCCAGCACCCAGAUGUCUUCUACCUGAUGGAGCCGGCUUGGCACGUGUGGAAUGCCCUGUCGCAGGGCAGUGCCCCUGUGCUUCACAUGGCCGUGCGAGACCUGGUCCGUUCAGUAUUCCUAUGCGACAUGGAUGUAUUUGAUGCCUACCUGCCCUGGCGCCGCAACGUCUCAGAUCUCUUCCAGUGGGCAGUGAGUCGCGCAUUGUGUUCGCCUCCAGUCUGCAACGCCUUCGGUCCCGGCAACAUCAGCAGCGAGGAGGUGUGCAAGUCCCUGUGCCCAACGCGGCCCUUCAGCCUGGUCCAGGAAGCCUGCAGUUCUUAUAGCCACAUAGUGCUCAAGGAGGUGCGCAUCUUUAACCUGCAAGUUCUCUACCCGCUGCUCAAUGACCCCGCGCUCAACCUGCGCAUCGUGCACCUGGUGCGCGACCCGCGGGCGGUGCUGCGUUCCCGAGAGCAGACAGCUAAGGCGCUGGCGCGAGACAAUGGCAUCGUCUUGGGUACCAACGGCACUCAGGUGGAGGCGGACCCCCUGCUGCGCGUGGUCAGAGAGGUCUGUCGCAGCCACGUGCGCAUCGCAGAGGCCGCAUUGUACAAGCCGCCGCCCUUCCUGCAAGGUCGCUACCGCCUAGUGCGCUUCGAGGAUCUGGCCCGGGACCCUCUCACCGAGAUCCGUGAACUCUAUGCCUUCGCCGGCCUUAGCCUCACGCCGCAGCUCCAGACUUGGAUCCACAACAUCACGCACGGCUCAGGGCCAGGAACACGCCGUGAGGCCUUCAAGACCUCAUCCAGGGAUGCGCUCAGUGUGUCCCAAGCCUGGCGUCACACGCUGCCCUUCGCAAAGAUUCAGCGGGUCCAGGAACUGUGCGCUGGAGCACUGCAGCUGCUGGGUUACCGACCCGUGCACUCCGAGCUUGAGCAGCGGGACCUCUCUCUGGACCUCCUGCUGCCGAGAGGCAUGGACAGUUUCAAGUGGGCUUCUUCCACCGAUGCGCAGCAAGAAUCUUAAGAGUUUUAGUGGAGAGUCCCGGUUUUGACGUUAGGGUCUAGCGGAGUAUGAUAAAGAAAGGGCUUGGAGAACCCAGUAGAAAGUCCACUACCAGCUGCUGACAGUGGGGUGGUCUUGCCCUGUACUAGGAAAGGACUGAGUACAAAUUCCACAUUUGUUUUUCCUCCCCAGAUCAUGAUUUUCCUUUGAGCCCUCUAGGAUCUGGGUCGCCAUCAUGUAUUCUUAUGAAAAGUGAAACCCCUGCCCACUUCCUCUAGUCACAGAGCAGCCAGACCCAGACUUCCUUUCCUUCUUUUUACUUUCUCUUCUCCUUGGUAAUACCAUGCGAUAGCAGGAAACGGCGUCUCAGACCCGCUCAGGAGUCUGGCUACUGCUGCUGGCCAGCUCCUAAAAUUUGUGCAGCUGCCUCUCGUUUGCCCACCCCGACCUCUGCUCACCCCUGUGCACUAGUCUCAGGGGCCAGCAAAGACUUGGACAGUUAUGUGCAUGUCAAGAAGGAAUCCGAGAGGACGCCUCUUGUGGUUUCCUCUUAGAUUCUUUGCUUGACCUUCUAGGAAGGAGCCCAGGCACACACCCCGUGCCUGAGGGUGAUGACUUUUUAAUGAGCCUUUGAUUCAUCCUGAAGUGAAAAAUUCUAGUUCUGGAAAUAAACAUCAUAAAUGAACUGCAUGAUCCAGACUAGAGUUUACAACCUACCACGUUUGAAAAUCAUCCCAAGAAGUAACAGGUCUUG